UGUAAACUGUCAAUAAAAUCAGGAAACACUUCAAAACGGAAUUUAUAGUUUCUUUUGGAUAUCAACUGGGAUAUGGCGAAUAGUUUCAUACAAUUUUGGAUAAGAUGUUUAAUACUAAUAUUAUGUUUUGGAAAGACUUUUCAAUCCGGCUUCUUUGAGCUGCAAAUUUUAGAGAUUACAAAUGUAAAUCACAGAUUAGCAUCAGGAAGAUGUUGUGGCAACAAUAACUUUUACUCAAACACACCAACCAUAGUUUGUUCUCAGUGUAAUACAGCGUUUAGAUUAUGUCUAAAAGAAUAUCAAAAUAGUGUAUCUCCACUUGCGGCUAUAACUUCAAAAUCAUCUGAUUGGCAGGGAUGUGCAUAUGGCAAUGCAUCUACGCCAAUUCUAGGCCCAUCUAGCUUUAAAUUGUCAGCUUCAAAUUAUUCAAAUGGCAAUAUUACGCUACCAUUUUCGUUUCGAUGGACGAAAUCAUUUACGCUUAUACUUCAAGCUUUAGAUAUAACUAGCAGCUCUAAUUCAGGGCAUCUUAUUGAAGAGGCCACAUACUCAGGUGUAAAACUUCCGUCACAAGAGUGGCACACACUAGAACAUAAGGGGAAAAAUGCCAGAUUUACUUAUAGAUUAAGAGUACUUUGUGAUCAAAAUUACUAUAACAGUACGUGCACAACGUUUUGUCGACCACGCGAUGAUGGUUUUGGACAUCACGUUUGUGGAACGGAUGGAAGUAAAAUAUGCAUGCCUGGAUGGCAAGGACCAAAUUGUGAUAAAGCGAUUUGUAAAUCAGGUUGUGAUCCUGUGUACGGUAGCUGUAGUCGGCCUGGAGAAUGCGAUUGCCGUGUUGGCUGGCAAGGUCCUCUGUGUAAAUCUUGUGUUCCAUAUCCUGGAUGCAAGCAUGGAAGCUGCAUUGAUAAGCCUUGGCAGUGUAUUUGUGACCGAAAUUGGGGAGGAAUUCUUUGUGAUCAAGAUUUGAACUAUUGUGGUACACAUGAGCCAUGCAUGCAUGGCGGUACUUGCGAAAAUACCGCGCCUGACAAGUAUCGCUGUACAUGCGCUGAAGGUCUCUCAGGGGAACAAUGUGAAAUAAUUGAGGAACCGUGUGCACCGCAUCCUUGUAAAAAUGGUGGAACUUGUACUGCUCAUGUUUUUUCAUCUAACUACAAUGAUGAUAAAAACAAUGUUAGUGAAACUAUUACGGAAGUGCGAGCCUUACCUUUAACACGCAAUAUGCGUGGGGGAAGCUCAAUGGGAAAGCCGCUUAGUCGAAAUUUAGAUAAAAUAACUAAAAUUGUAACUUACACCGAGCCACCAAGAAUAAACAAAGAAGUAGUCAAUAACUAUACCUGCAGUUGUACUCCUGGAUGGGAAGGCCCUAAUUGUGAAAUUGAUAUUGACGAAUGCGCCAACCAACCAUGUGAAAAUGGAGGGAUUUGUAUUGACCUAGUCGGUGGAUUCAGAUGCGAAUGUCCUGCAGAAUGGACAGGUGAUUAUUGUAAUGAAGACGUGAACGAAUGUGAGUCUAAUUCAGCAUCAGCAUUCGGUCCGUGUAUCAAUGCAGAGUCAUGUCAAAAUUUUCCUGGCUCAUUUGAGUGUGUCUGUCAGUCUGGUUGGGCAGGAAAAACAUGUAGCAAGAAUGUGGAUGAUUGUCAAGGAAAAUGCGAAAAUGGAGCUACUUGUAUUGACCUUGUCAAUGACUAUUACUGUACAUGCCCGGUUGGAUUUGCAGGUAAAAAUUGCUCAGAUAACAUAAACGAAUGUGAAAGUAACCCUUGCAAAAAUGGAGGAGAUUGCUUUGAUUUGCAUGGUUCGUACAAGUGCAAGUGCAAUUAUGGGUUUUUCGGAGAUAAUUGUGAGGAAAGUACAAACUAUUGUGAACCUUCACCGUGUGUGGUUGGCAAAUGCAUUAAUACCGUCAACAGUUUUUAUUGUGAAUGUCCCCAUGGACGCGUCGGACCGAAAUGUGAAUUGUAUCACACCUAUUGUAAUGGCUGGCCAGACUGCAAUGGAAAAACAGAUAUUUGUUCAACAAUGUUACCAUGCAAGAAUGGAGGCACUUGUAAUGCAGUAGAGAAUGGAUUUACAUGUCAAUGCUCUCACGGAUGGAGUGGACCUAAUUGCACCGAGCGCACAAGACAAAGUUGCACGUCAAAGGAUUGCAUGAAUGAUCCGACCUGCGGUACUGAAUGUGCAAUCGCUCAAAAUAUGUGUGAAUCAAGUCCAUGUCAUAACGGUGGAACAUGUGAAUAUGGUGAUGGUUGGUUUAGAUGUCUAUGUUCGAAAGGUUUUUCGGGACCAGACUGCCGUAUUAACGUUAAUGAGUGCGCCAAUAAUCCGUGUCAAGGUGGAGGUACGUGCAAAGACGAAAUUGGCUAUUUUGAAUGUAUCUGCCCACCAGGAAGGAAAGGCGCACAGUGCGAAAUAAUACUUUUUGAUGGAAAUGAGAUAAAUGCAUGCUCAAAUGACACAACAAGUGGUGGCACUGCGUCACAUAGGAGCGAUACGACAUGUAAUUUCUGUGUAUGUGCGAAUGGAUCUCCACGUUGCUCAGAUCUUUGGUGCGGUCUCGAAAACUGUUUUUCUCCAAAUGGUUCAAAUUGUGGCUUGCAAGAAGUUUGUGUUCCUUUGACACAGGAAACCUGUUUGGCACCUCCUUGUACGCCACGAGGAGAUUGUCGCGAAUUAGAGCCUUCAAAAAGAGUUGCGCCUCCCAAUUAUCCAGCUGAUACUGCUUGUUGGCCCAAUCAGAUAAAAUUGAGUGAAAAAUGUGCUAGAAUAUCUAUUCUCUUACAAAUAAGCUCACUUCCGAAGGGGACGGAUGUCGAGGGAGUUUGCCAUUUGAUAAGAGUUUUACUUGGCAUGCAUACUGCAAAAACGGCAGCAUUACACAAAGUUACACGAUCCGUUAUUUUGUGCGAAAACAAAGGAGGUCUCAAAGAUACAAUAGAGGUGGCAGUGUUUUCUGAAUCGGGAAGAUCUGCUCAUGUGGCUGAUGUAUUAGGUGAAAUUUUAUCUAGAAGACCGCCAUCCUUACAACUUUCAUCGUUGUUUGACCACGGGGAAAUUCAAGUUGUGUCAUCAAUUUUGGAGGUCCGUGUUGAGACAGCACUCCUAAGUGCCGAGUCGGUGGGCUUCAAUAACAACGGUUUCACGUUCUUUAUUAUUUGCAUCGUCUGUUUCUUCAUAAUAUUCGUCACACUUGUUUUCAUGUUUGUCUGUCGGCGACGCUUUCACGCCGACUCUGGAUCACAUUUGCCUACUGUUUUGGACAUGACACGGCACGAGGACGAAAAGUCAAAUAAUCUUCAAAACGAGGAAAAUUUUCGAAGAUACGCAAAUCCAUUAAAAGGCAGUACGACAUCGUUGAAAGGCGCCGUCGAAUUGAGUCUCAAUCAGGUUAGCGAGAGUCCGCAACCCAGAGCUGGACCAAGUGGUCUGCAUCGCUCACAACAGUAUCUCAGUUCGUGCGACAUGGACUACGAAGUUGAUAGCGAAACAAAGGCGAGUGUGAAUAAACGAGCUUCGCAAAUUUUACUGCAAAAAACACAAAAUACUGAAGUUACGAAAAAUAUAAUGGGCAUAAUGGAAAGCAAAGACAUUGAUAAAAUAACUUUGAGCCGACAUGCUGCUCCACCUCCACCGACAACAUCGAUCUCUGAGUCAAAUUUAUUAACCGUUCACAUUUGAAGAGUUUAUC